CUCUGUGAACAUGCCGAGAAGCUACAGGCUGCGAUUGCAUUGCGAGAAUUACACAGCGAGAUCACUGAUGUCAACACUUGUUUGGGUUGUGUUUCCACAGGGAGUUCUGAGUAGUGCUCUGCAGUAUCGCCAGUGUAAGGCGGCAGUGUUCCAGUCGGUGGCGGAUGAGCUGUCUGAUUUUGAGUACGUUCCGUGGACCUCGUCUGGUGGAAGCAGGGGCCUCUGCACUCUCAUAUCAAAACAGUUUAACAUUACACUAGAAAGCGGUGUGCCAGAAGCAAAGAACGUGGAGGGUAGAGGUGUGUUGUUUGAACAAGUGCUUCGAAUGGCUGAUCUCUUGUUAGAUGGCUACAGUUGUCAGCUGGAAUCUCUUCGACAGAAUCCAGAAAAGUCUGAACAGUAUCAACAGUUGAAAUAUGAACAAGAAUGAUCCAAGC